CGCCGCCCCACUUAUAGCCCCGCGCCCCGCGGCCCGGUGCAGACUGCUCAGGCAGCCGGAGGAGAGGCAUCUCGGGGGUGGCGCUGCGGAGACCGAGUCCAGACACCAGGCGGCCGCCGGCGCGGACGGCGCUUUCUAGCUCCCUCCGCCGACUCACACAGCCCGCCUUCCUCCGCGGCGCCGGCAGCCGCAGGCUCGCUCUCCCCUCCCCGAGAUUCACUCCAGGAGACACUCCGCGGGUCGCGGGCAGCGUCCGCGGCGUGCGGAUCGUGAGGCCGAGGCCGGCCGCCAGCGGUGGCCAGCCCGCGAGCCAGCGUCCCGGGCACGGUCCUCUCCUCGGCAGGCGCCCCAUGCGCGCUCCUUUCGCCCGGGCAGUCGCCGCUGCUCCCCGGGGCUGAGACGUCUGCUUCUUCGCCUCCCCUCCCGGUGACCGAGGCGAGAACCCAGCUGGUUAUACGCUGUGGCCAGUCGCCACUGCUGAAUAGAAACAAAAUGUCAGUCAGUGUGCACGAGAACCGGAAGUCCAGGGCCAGCAGCGGCUCCAUUAACAUCUACCUGUUUCACAAGUCUUCCUACGCUGACAGCGUCCUCACUCAUUUAAACCUUCUACGCCAGCAGCGCCUCUUCACCGAUGUCCUUCUCCAUGCCGGAAACAGGACCUUCCCUUGUCACCGGGCAGUGUUGGCUGCAUGCAGCCGCUACUUUGAAGCCAUGUUCAGUGGUGGCCUGAAAGAGAGCCAGGACAGCGAAGUCAACUUCGACAACUCCAUCCACCCGGAAGUCUUGGAGCUGCUGCUUGACUAUGCGUACUCCUCCCGGGUCAUCAUCAAUGAAGAAAACGCAGAAUCGCUCCUGGAAGCUGGCGACAUGCUGGAGUUUCAAGACAUCCGGGAUGCAUGUGCAGAGUUCCUGGAAAAGAACCUGCAUCCCACUAACUGCCUGGGCAUGCUGCUGCUGUCUGAUGCCCACCAGUGCACCAAGCUGUAUGAACUCUCCUGGAGAAUGUGUCUCAGCAAUUUCCAAACCAUCAGGAAGAACGAAGAUUUCCUCCAGCUGCCCCAGGACAUGGUAGUGCAGCUCUUGUCCAGUGAAGAGCUGGAGACAGAAGAUGAAAGACUCGUGUACGAGUCUGCAAUUAACUGGAUCAGCUAUGACCUGAAGAAGCGCUACUGCUACCUCCCAGAACUAUUGCAGACAGUGAGGCUGGCUCUCCUGCCUGCCAUCUAUCUCAUGGAGAACGUGGCCAUGGAGGAACUCAUUACCAAGCAGAGAAAGAGCAAGGAGAUUGUGGAAGAGGCCAUCAGGUGCAAACUGAAAAUCCUGCAGAAUGAUGGUGUGGUAACCAGCCUCUGUGCCCGGCCUCGGAAAACUGGCCACGCCCUCUUCCUCUUGGGAGGGCAGACUUUCAUGUGUGACAAGCUGUAUCUGGUAGACCAGAAAGCCAAAGAAAUCAUUCCCAAGGCUGACAUCCCCAGCCCAAGAAAAGAGUUCAGUGCAUGUGCCAUUGGCUGCAAAGUGUACAUUACUGGGGGGCGGGGGUCUGAAAAUGGGGUCUCAAAAGAUGUCUGGGUUUAUGAUACCCUGCAUGAGGAGUGGUCCAAAGCCGCCCCCAUGCUGGUGGCCCGGUUUGGCCAUGGCUCUGCUGAACUGAAGCAUUGCCUUUAUGUGGUAGGGGGGCACACAGCUGCAACUGGCUGCCUCCCAGCCUCCCCCUCAGUCUCUCUGAAGCAAGUAGAACAUUAUGACCCCACAACCAACAAAUGGACCAUGGUGGCCCCACUCCGAGAAGGUGUUAGCAAUGCCGCAGUAGUGAGUGCCAAACUCAAGCUGUUUGCUUUCGGAGGUACCAGCGUCAGUCAUGACAAGCUCCCCAAGGUUCAGUGUUAUGAUCAGUGUGAGAACAGGUGGACAGUACCGGCCACCUGUCCCCAGCCCUGGCGUUACACAGCAGCAGCUGUGCUGGGUAACCAGAUUUUUAUUAUGGGGGGAGAUACAGAGUUCUCUGCCUGCUCUGCUUAUAAAUUCAACAGUGAGACUUACCAGUGGACCAAGGUGGGAGAUGUGACAGCAAAGCGCAUGAGCUGUCACGCUGUGGCCUCCGGAAACAAACUCUACGUGGUUGGAGGAUACUUUGGCAUUCAGCGAUGCAAAACUUUGGAUUGCUACGAUCCAACGUUAGAUGUAUGGAACAGCAUAACCACAGUCCCAUACUCGCUGAUUCCUACUGCAUUCGUCAGCACCUGGAAACAUCUGCCUUCUUAAACUCAGUAUAUCCUAAAGAAAGUGAGCAUGAGCUCGCUCCAUUCAGUGACACAAGAUGCGAUUUCUACUUUGGAGAGGCCAAAUUGAAGAGAAAGAAAAGAGAAAAAGGAAAAGAAGUUGCUGUGAGACUCGGAUUGUAAGAUCAGCUGCACCUUGUACAUGCUCUAACUGGACAUGAAGGAAAGGGUGGGGGAGGGGUGGGAUUUUCAGUGCAAGUAGCACAUGGUUUAAAUAUGAAUGAGUGAGCCUGUGAUCUAGUCCUUGUCUUGUAAUUGUGGAUUAAUGUCAACGUUAAUCAGCCCCUCAAAGGGAGAGAAAAGCUGGGUCUUUUUCCCUUGCUGUACCAUAUUCAGCAUUUGAUUUCCAUGGGCUCCACCAUUUAUGUGUAAAAUUUGAAAUGGUUGUCACCUCUCUCUGAGGAGCAAGCUUGAAGCCUCCACACCAGCUGCUUUUGGAGAGUGAAAGCCCUACUGUGGGGCUAGGAGGGACGCUGGCGGUGCUGGCUGCAGAGCGAGGACCACUGGACUCUCUGCUAAUCUCUGUGGGGUUGUGCUCCCCAGGAAGAUUUCUGAACAAUGGGGACAUUGUUGGUAGCCAUUUGGUAGAUGUGCUUUUCUAUUUAUAAGUGACUUUAAACUUUCCCUUGGCUGUUAAGAAGUUUGUUAUAGAUUUAGCUAUUUAUUGUUUGGUGCCUGCAUGCUGAAACAAUGCUUACAGUUGUCUUCACGUGUAUGGACAUGUGUGAAUGGUUGUAUGUUUUGCACAAUUUUGUGGCUGUUGUGAUGUGCUUUGCUGCACAAAAAUGAAAACUUUGGAGUUACAAUUUGGAAUACAACUGGAGGGUGGGUUGGGAAGGGGAGGGAUUUUGUAAAUGUCAAGACAGGGAAAGGUUACAAAACAAAUUUAAAUUAACAUCCUAGAGGUAGAGAAAGCAUGGAGAUCACUUUUCUCAGACUCACCAACUUUAAAUCGGGUUUCAUGGGCUCCGACCAUGCUGAUGGCUCAUGGGGUGAGGGAAGGCUUCUUUCUGCCCCUCUCCUCCCAUCUUACUCACCUCCUUCAGUCUCAGCUACUGAAAUUUACAAAGGACCAAAUCGCUUUGCUGGUGUUUUUUUUUUUUUUCUUUGUGUAAUAUCCUGAAAUUCUGGAAAAUUCUAUGGAAUAAUUCUGUAUAUAGAGCACAGGUGAAAGCAUAGUCCAAAGUUUAUUUAUUUAUCUAUUUAUUACCCUGUGAAUGCUUUGCCAUAACCACAUUUAACAGGAAAAAAAAACACAAAAAACUGAAUUAUCACAGAUAUAAAUGAAGUCGCUUGCCGGAUUUGCUUGACCCGGAUUCAUUGUUCUCUAUUCUUGAUGUACAAUUUAGCAAGCAUGACAAGUUCUCCAAGACAAUAAUAGUGUUGGUACAAUGUAUACUUUAGUGCUCAUCCACAGGUAAGUGUCUAAAAGAACUCUUUGGUGCACAGGUGACACAUUUGGCCACAAAACACCAAAGACUUGCAAGCAGUAGCCCCUGUUGAAGUUUUUCGGGAUAGUUGGGAAUCGGUUGUGAAUACAUUCCUUGCUAGUUGGCGUGCUUGUUUACUAAACACGUGCUGUGGUAAGUGUUAGUACUAGAUUCCCAUAGGUGCUUCCUCAGAGGUGUCCGGGGAAGAACCUAGUUUGCAACUCUCUCACUGCUUUCAUUGAUGUAUCUCACGUUACUGUACUUUAGAAAAUAGGGUUUAAGACUGAUAUCAACCUUUUACAUUGUGAGUGUGCUUGCAUUGUCUAAUGACAGAUCAUUCCUUAACAUUUUUCUCCACCUGAAAACUUUAGGCGAAUUUUACUUGUCUGUCCGUGCCAUGAAUAAGUGGGCUAUAGUUGGACCCAAAUAAAUGAGCCGUUGGAAUAAAAGAAUCACAGUACUUUCCAGCAGUCAGCCUUUCACUCCUAGAUGUGUCUUAAGCAAUGCAAAUGUCUCAUUGUACUCUGGCAGCAUAGUCGGGUGUCGUUAUAUUGUAGCAGUUACAGCUCUGUAGUUUAUGAUGCAAAUCGGCGGAGAUGUGUGUAUGUCACUGCAUGGCUUUUGAAAGCAGGAUGAAUUUUCUGCAGCUGUUUCGAAGUUGUGGUCUGUCCUUGAAUCCUCUAUUAAUUACCGUGUGUGAGCUAGAGGGAGCCAUGGUCAGGGUGGGCCCCCAGCCUGCAGGGAACUUUCUGGACUCCCCCUUCUUUGAAUUGAUGUAGGCGUUUGCGCUCACUACUUGACCAUUCUCACCCUGUGAAAUGUCUCACACUUUGAAGCAAAUACAAUUCACAGCACAGUGCACACAAAAACCUUGGCAUAAGACAGAGAAGGUUCUUCUUAUUCUGUGGGCUGGUUGCUGUGGAAACGGAUAACAAAGGGCAGCCUUCCACUUCUGGUAUAAUUGUGUAGCCCCCUUUUCUCUGGGCUUGACACCUGUCUGAAUAAGAGUGAUUAGAGCUGAAUAAUAUCCCUCUCUUAGCUAUUGAAUAUGUGGUUCACGUACAGAACUCUGUGUAAGUUGAAGAAGUAAAGUGUUCAUGUUCAUAUGUACUUGUUUCCUACUACAUUUUUGAGGUUUUGUAAAACUUAUUUUUUUUUUCACAAUGUGAAACUGAAGGUCAAAUAAAUUAUUAGAGAUUUUCUCUUCAA